CAAGAAGAAGCAUGGCGCGAGUCCAGGUUACGACGUCACGAGUGUCAGUGCCCCCCCCCCCCCCCCCCACCACGACCCCCCUCCUUGUGCUUCUCCUCCAUGGGAGCUCUGUUCUCCGUAUCUUUGUGGACUUGAAAUUGAAGAUGAAGACGAUGACGAUGAAAGAGAUUUCAGUUGUACCAACCAUGAGGACGAUCAUCAACACUCUCCUGCUCUUCACCUUCUUUCUCACACGAAGCAGAGCAGAGAGUGCAGAGGAGCGGCUGGUCAACGACCUGUUAGGUCCACAGCGCUACAACAAACUGAUCAGACCAGCCAUCAAUAAGAGCCAGCAGGUCACCAUCUCUAUUCGAGUGUCGCUGUCGCAGCUCAUCAGCGUCAACGAGCGAGAACAGAUCAUGACAACCAACUUGUGGCUGUCUCAGGAGUGGAAUGACUACAGGCUGAGGUGGGACCCAGAGAAGUACGAAGGCAUCAAGAAACUUCGAAUACCCUCCAAGCUCCUCUGGCUUCCUGACAUUGUGCUCUACAACAAUGCUGAUGGCGUGUAUGAAGUGUCCUUCUAUUGCAACACGGUGGUCUCCAACACGGGGGACAUCUUCUGGCUUCCUCCGGCCAUCUACAAAUCAGCCUGCGCCAUCGAAGUGCAGAACUUCCCCUUUGACCAGCAGAACUGCACCCUCAAGUUCCGCUCCUGGACCUAUGACCACACGGAAGUCGACCUGAUUCUCACCAGCGACUUUGCCAGUCGUGACGACUUCACGCCCAGCGGAGAGUGGGAUAUCGUCUCACUUCCCGGGCGCAAAAACGAGGACCCAAACGACAUCACUUACCUGGACAUCACCUAUGACUUUGUCAUCAAGAGGAAGCCGCUGUUUUACACCAUUAACCUCAUCAUCCCCUGUGUGCUGAUCACCUCUCUGGCCAUCCUGGUCUUCUACCUGCCUUCAGACUGUGGCGAGAAGAUGACCUUGUGUAUCUCAGUCCUGCUGGCGCUCACCGUCUUCUUGCUGCUUAUUUCCAAGAUUGUGCCGCCCACCUCCCUGGCGGUACCCCUCAUUGGUAAAUACCUGAUGUUCACCAUGGUGCUGGUCACGUUCUCCAUUGUGAGCACCGUUUGUGUCCUGAACAUUCAUCACCGCACCCCGUCCACUCACCACAUGCCUGAAUGGGUGAAGCGUCUCUUCUUAGUCCAGCUUCCCACCCUUCUUCUCAUGAGGCGUCCAGGUACGGCUAAAAAACUCAAGCGGACUAUUGCGCAACAGAGGGCCAUCCCAAAAAAUCCUUCCCAGGCUGCGACGGAUAAGCGACAGUUCUCCAACAUAAAACUUGGUGGUGCUCGGACUGAUUCUGACUCCUUCUAUGUGAACGCGGACUGGGCCCACAAGUAUUGUUGGAGGAUGGGGGACAUCCCGGACGUGGGGGGUCGACGCUCAGACCUCCAGAGGCCCUUGGCCACUCAGUGGGAUGCAGAUCUGCAGGAAGCAGUGGAAGGAGUUCAAUACAUCGCUGAGCACAUGAAGACCGAAGAUGAUGACGAAGGGAUCAUAGAGGACUGGAAGUACGUCGCCAUGGUCAUAGACCGUUUGUUCCUUUGGAUCUUCAUCUUGGUGUGCGUGGUCGGGACACUGGGGCUCUUCAUGCAGCCGCUUUUUCAAAGCUACAACACACCCACUGCUGAUGACGCAGAGUACGGGGAUUUCUAAGAUGUGAGAAUGAAUAUUGACUUUUAUAAACUCAAACUAGGAAGCCGUGUACCUAGCGGCAAGUGCUCUCCCGAACCGGAUGCGGUAUCAGCUGUGACGACUGUGCGUGUAUCGAAGUACCUUCAAGGUAGAAACCACCACACAUUGUUUCUUCGUGUUGUUCCGUUACAUGGGUUGGAAUUUGCCCAGACUUCACUGACAUUCUAUGAGUAUCACUGACUGUUAGCACAAUCUUGAAUCUGUAUCGUUCACUUUCACCAAGUAGAGACAAUAAAAAGUAUGGGGUUUAAUGACAGCAACAGUUUGAAUGAAGUAUGUUUUUUGUUGCACCACUCUUGAGAAAUACCAUAUUGUGUAAUUGUUAAUGUUAGCGUAGUACAGAACUUGACUAAGACUUUUUAUCUUCUCAAAGGGGACCAAUUAUGCAAUUUUUUUACCCUUUGUAUUGAGUUGUUGACUUCUAUAGAGCAGCUACACACAAUAACCUGCACAGAACACUUUCUAGAUCUUUCAGAAUCUGCACCUAUUCCAGCUGUAUUUCCUAGGAUUUGUACUUCCCUCCAAAACAGUCUGUUUUAAUUUAUUCCCCCCAUGGGCACACCCACUCUGCUGUGAUUGGUCACACGCCCAAAGUGCUUCCUAACUACAAAUGUAGUCUUCUUUCUACAUACGGAUGUGAGGGCGCCAACUGCAGACAAUCUUGGCCCAGCAUCGUUAGUGGAAAUGUGGUCAUUACACGUUUUUUGCGGGGCUACCGUGUUCCUGACAGUGAGCACUGAGGUUCUCUCAAACCCUCGUGGAUGCACAGCGCGUCCAACAUUGCAUGCCAUUCAUAAUGCAUGUUCAUGUUCACAUAAAACAAUCCCGUAUGAAAUGCCGUUGACAGAUGAAAAUAUUUUUCUCUUGUUCCAAUAAGUUCUGCCUGAUCCUGCCUCUUAAACAGAGAAGCAGAGAUUGGGGGAGGGCUGAGAGUGUAUUGUGCCCACAGCCACCUCCAUAAGGAAACCCGCCCCUGUGUGACAUCACAAAGGAUCGGUUUUGCAACGCCCUUUGGAACCGAGUGUUUUGAGCCAUCCCAAACUUCUUUCAAGGCUUACUUCCAAAUGCGCAAACCUCACUGUCUGAAACUUUUUAACACCAUAAUACAACAUUCUAACUACAUUUAUAGGUUAGAAAAGUGGAAAAAGCACAAUAGGUCCCCUUUAAGACACAGUAUCUCUCAACUGAAUUGUACACCAAUGAAACACGUCUUCUUGAAAAAUGACCAUUUCAUGUUCUAGUGUUGUAUCACUGCUUGCUGUGAUGGAAUAAUGUUUAUAAAGAUCAUAACCUCCUUUUGCUUUUUUCCCCCGGCUUUAUAUUACUGUUAUUUCAUGCAAAGAGGCAAAGCUCUAAUCGUAGAUGUCGAGGAAUGGAAUAUUCAGUUGCAAACCUAAAACGUUUGACCGCAAAGUCCAAUAUGUUGACUGGAAAUGGAUUUCAAAUCACGACAACAGGUGGUAUGGCUUCUGUUUUCUGGUAUGCAAAAAGUUCUUUGUACUUGAUGUUAAAAUCUCGUCUUGUCUUAUCCACAGUAGUCGCAGCAUCACCAGCCAUUAUUUGAGCACUUUAAAGCACAUUCUCCUUGCUUUCAUGUCAGCGGGAAGCCUGAGGCUGCAGAUUUACGUGAUCAUGUGUUCUUUGCCUGAACGAGCAGAGCUUUGCAUCAUGGUGGCAGG